CAGGAAGUGUAUAUUCAACAUGGCCGCCGGUGUGAAAGAAGUUGAUACGGUGGAAGAUUUUAAUAAAUUGCUGAAUGAUGCCGGCGGCAACCUGGUGGUGGUGCACUUCGCCGCUCCCUGGGCCCCACAGUGCCAGCAGAUGACAGACGUGAUCGGGGAACUGGCCAAGGACAACCAGCUGAGUCAAGUCAGGUUUGUGCAGCUGGAGGCGGAGAAAUUAGCUGAAAUUUCUGAAAAGAACAACAUCAUUGCAGUUCCAACAUUCAUAUUUUUCAAGGGUGGCAAGUCAGUUGAUAGAUUAGAUGGCGCCAAUGCUACAGAUCUAACAAAGAAAGUCCAGAGUUUAUCCAAGGGUGGCGCUGUUGCUGCUUCCCCUCCUCCACAGCCACAGAAACAGGAUCUGAACACACGUUUAAAGCAGCUGAUCAACUCCGCCCCCGUCAUGUUGUUUAUGAAAGGAAAUCGCCAGGAACCACGAUGUGGGUUCAGUCGACAGAUCGUCAGCAUAUUACAGGAGAAGAAUGUUAGUUACAGCACCUUCGAUAUUCUGUCAGAUGAAGAAGUUAGACAAGGCCUGAAGGCGUUCUCCAACUGGCCCACAUAUCCCCAGCUUUAUGCCAAUGGGGAGCUUCUGGGUGGCCUUGACAUUGUGAAGGAACUUGUGGAAACGGGAGAGCUGGAAUCUCAGCUGCCGGUCCAGAUCAAGCUGGAGGACAGGUUGUCCCCACAUGUGGACAAGUCCACCCAACCCCUUGCCCAGAGCACCAGUCAAAACCCUUCUUCUAUGUGCUGUGAAACUGUCAGCCAAUCAGAAAGUUCCUCACAAAGACUCUUGUCAGAUGAUGACAGUUUGAGGGACUUUUACAGUGAAGUGAACAAAAAGAGUGAUCUGAACAAUGAGAGAUUUGAUGAAAGAGACUCCUCUGAAGACUCUUCUGAGGAUGAGGAGGAGGAUGUUGACGAAGAAGAGGGGGAGUCUCUUCCUCUGUGGCUUCAGGCUGAAUUGAAUGAUGAUGACAUAUCUGAAAUGCCAUCUAAGGGCAGGGGAAGGGGAAAGAGAGGGAGAACUGCUGAUGCUCGGAGACGAAUCCAGAAACUAAACCAGAGAGAACGGAGGGCUCUGAUCAGAAGUGAUCCUUCUCUAUUGUCAGCACAAAGAGAGAAGGAACGUUUGCGACAAAUGAUGAUACGGCGGAGAGAUUCGCUCAUUUUGUCCCUGCCCGUAGACCCUGGUAUGUCCAUUCAUGAUGCCAACAAGAUGUUGAUGGAGCAACAAAGGGCAGCUGGAGUUCCAGAAGAGGACAUCACCUCGCUUCAGAUUGGCCGGGAAAACUUCCACACCAUCGGUGAGCUGAAGCUCAAGAUCGAGGGAAAGAGGGCAGUGGACAGAGAGAGGACGCGAAUGAAACGUGCUCAACUGGAUGAGAAUAUGAGAGAGGGCAUGAAGAAGGCAUGCAGAGAGAGGAUGCGAGAGAAGCGAGCACGUCUGAGAGAGUGUGACCCAGCUGCUGCAGCUGCUUAUAGAGAAAGGGAGAAAAUACGCAAGAGAAUUGAAAGGAGGAGGAAUGCCAUGUUGCUGUCAUUGCCAGACGAGAGUCUUCUUAACCCUUCCCAGGAAGCUAAAGAGGAAGCUAGAGAACCUCCUCCUGUUUUGCCUUUGCCACUGGCACCAGAGUUCUCUUCAGCUUUGUUGGUUCUGAGAGAAAACCUGAUGCGAAAGCGGCAGGAGCAGAAAGAGAGAGUCCGCCAGAGGAGGGCUGAGCUACGGGAGAAACAUCCUGACCUAGCUGCUGCACUAAGAGAGAAGGAGCGGAUCAGGAAGAGAAUAGAGAGAAGGAGGAACAAUCUUUUGCUAAAUCUGUCACCUAAUGCUCUCCUUCAGGCAACCCACUCCAUGAUGGGGCAGACCGAGAAUGGCUGCAUGGACAGAUUACACCCUGGAUUGAACCAUGGAUUAGAUAUUCCACAAUCUUCCCAGCAUGCCUUGGAAUCAGACUCUGCUCAUGUGUUGAAGGAAACAUCAGAGAUGGACCUUCAGUCCAGGCUGUCUGCAGAUCAGACUUCGCCCACAUCAUCAGAUAGCUCUUUCAACUCCUCUUUACAAGAUUCUGUUUCUUCUGAUGCUGGCAAUGUGAGUUGGAUAUCAAACAUAGAGAAAUUGAAGAAAAAUGCCGAACACAAAAAGGAAUACAACAAAGAGAGAAUGCGUCAGAAAAGAGCCAGAAUAAAGGAGAACCCAGAAGCUUUUGAAGCAAUGAAAGAAAGAGAACGGAUACGAAAAAAACAUGAAAGGUUAAAAAAGAGAGAGUUUAGGUUACUUCCUGGUGUGAACGAACCCUUAACUUUUAGUUAUGAUGUCCCACAGUCUACACCAUCAUCCACAGCAACGCUUUCAAACUACGGAGACAAUGAAGGAUGCCAGUCCGAGCACUCGGCAGGACAAGAUGGCAGCUCUGAUAGGCUGACUGUCAAACAGGAGCCUUCAGAUGUGUGGGCGGACUACAGCCCUGCUGUACAGCACAGAUCAGGCAGUCAGUUGCCUCAACAUUCCCUGAACUUACAACCACCUGAAGAUGUCAGUAUGAUGAAGGAGGGGUAUGUUGAUGGGGAAAACCUCCAUGCUGGUGAUGUGAGGGAUGAGGUUGGUGCUUCGCAAGCAGAUGACGGUGUGCAGGGGGUUGUAUGUGAGAAGCCUCUAGCAUCUGGAUGUGAUAAUGUACAGUCUUGUAAUAAGGGCUCUGAUGACUGUGAUAAUGUUGUUGAUCCUGGUGUACUUUAUGAUGAAAGACUUGUUAAAAGGGAGCCAGAUUUAAGCUCGGAGAUUAAUCAAACUACAAGAUUAUGCUCAGGUGGAUGGGGAGUACGAAGGAGUGGUUCUGAUGGGAUGGAAACUAUGAAAGGCCAUGGAGAAGCAUGGGAAUCUAUUGAUGGAGGUGUCCUCAGUUCUCUUGGGGAUGGAAUUAAUCUGAAAGAGGAUGAAAUUGAUGCAACUCUUUCCAAAGACACUCGUGGGACCAACAAUGUCAUCAACCACACAGCUUCUCCAAGAGAGCUUAACAUGGUGUUUCAAAGAUCUCAACAGCGCAAAAGUUGCACCCCUGUUAAGACUGAUCAGUGCCCUCUUUCCUCUGACGUUGCACAUUCAUCUGAGACAGCUGAAGAUUGUGUGAGGCCUGACCAUUGUUUCAACACUGAUGGCGCCAAUGUGGAGCCUGAUGGUAGCCGUGUGAAGCAAGAUGGCGGCAUUGCACAGCAAGACUGCAUCAAGACAGAGGAGCAUCAGAUGGGACCAGCUUCUAGUGAGAGAGCUGAUUUGAGUACCAGUGGGUCUGGUAUCCCUUCAUUCUCCAGUGUUGAGGAGGAACGAGACUGGUUCCAGACUCAGCUGUGCCGACUUCAGACUCGGGUUGCAGACACAGAUCCUCAAGCUGAAGUAAACCCUCCAGCACCAUCAGGUCCCCGAGGAAUCUGUAACACCAGCAGCACACCUUUCGACUCUCCUUCCGUGGCAUCCUUCAACUUCUACAGCAGUAGCCUGGCAGGCUUUCCUACAAAUCUGUUGCCUGAUGCUCCGAAGGUGCCUGUCGCCUCUCCUCGAUCCUCGGUACCCAUGAAUGACCACCUGUCGGGUAUUGCGGAGGUGACUUUAAGAAGCUCCCUGGAACAAGUCACAGCUCUGGCCGGGCCGGAGGUGAUGCAGGAGAGGUUGCAGCAGAUGGUGUAUUCAGCCAAGCAGGCACGAGAGAAGGCCAACGAACAAGCCAGGAGGAGGCGCGAGAAGCUGAGGAACGACCCGGCAAUGAAACACAAGUACGAACAGAUUAAAGCCCGGGACAUGGAACGCAAGAGACAGCAACGUGCUAAGGAAGCUGAAAUAAGGACAGUGUUCCCAAAUUACAAUGAAGACCGGAGAAUUAAAGAUAGGGAAAGGAAGAAAGUGCUUAGAUUGAGAAAAACUGGAAAUUCAAAUAAUUCUGGAGACAUGCCUGCUGUGUCUCCGUUUCCAAGGGAAAUAUACCCAAGAGAGGGACAUCACAUGUCCACUACCCCAGUGUCUGCACCAUCUCUAGCGGGUGUGAGACAGGACAUAGGCGACCCAGCACAGAACUGUCUGCCAUCCAUGUAUGCCAGUUAUGGGGUCAAUUCUCAAUAUGCUCCCUCACUGCCCAACAUGCAACCUCACCCAUACCUGUCUGUCCCAGAUGGACCGGCGUCGAGUCAGCCUCCAGACAUCAAACCUGUCACAGAGAACUACAGACUUACCAGCCACUGGCAUUCUGUAUAAAAUCACUCCAUCAACUGUAAUACACUGAUGAAAAUAAAUCUAAUAAAAGAUUAUUUUACUUUAA